UGAUUUAAAGAGCUGGAGUACAUGUGGUCUUCGAAAUUUUUUUCUGACUCUUGUGCGUUAGUUCCAAAAUCAUUAAAUUUAACUUGUUGAUGAAGCUUUUAAUGUUUCAAAACCGUGUAAGCUCUUUAUGAUUUCAAAUGGCAUUACCUAAUCCUUUUGCUUGUGGCACACUUCAUAAACCAAGUUUUACCCCUGUUUCAUCACACAAAAAUACAAAUUUAAAUCCUGGCCCAGGAUUACCACACGCACCUCAACCUCAGUAUAGUGGCGAUAGUAUGGCAAGAAUGCUUCAAAGUGAUGCGAAACAAAAGACGUUUGAGCUCCAAAAAAACAACUUUCAAAGCUCACAGUUUCAAUCUUUCUCAUGUGAUCGUUGUGAUCGUUCAUUUAGAUCUCAUGAACUCUUAAACAUUCAUAUAUCUGAACACAUUCACUGUGGAAUAAAUGGAUGCCCAUUUGUAGCACAUCCUAAAAUCGUGGAGAAGCACAUACAAAUGCAGCAUGAGACGGGCCUUGCUGAACAAAUAAUGCGGCUAAACACCCCAGAGGAAAUUCAAAAAUGGAGAGAAGAAAGACGGAACCGAUUUCCCUCUACUGCCAAUGUUGCACGUCGACAAGCUGAGCAGAAAGAAAGAUUAGAAAGAGGAGAACUUCUAUAUGAACCUAAAAAAAAGUUUGCCAGUAAUAGAAAACAGCAAGAGAAAGGAGAUAGGGGAGGAGGUUGGGAUGCAAGAAGAAAUAAGAACAGGAAGAAUAAUGGUAAAACAGAAAAAAAAAGUAAUAACAUACCACAUCAACAAUUCAAACCUGAAUUUUCACAAAAUGUUUCAAUACCACAUGAAACGAAGCCCUUUAACAGUAUGGAAACACCAGAAUCAAUAAAUAUUAAACAGGACUUGAACGAUGGUGAAAUAAUAUCGGACAAUAAGGAAAAAAUUUACUCAGGGGUACAACCUGUUAGUAGUGCGUUGGCCAAUUUGAUAAGCUAUGCCUCUGAUUCUGAAGACAACAUGGCAGAUACAAAGAAAGCGAAAUUAAUUCAAAAAGAAGCAGAAAACCCUGCCAUGAACUGCCCGAAGGAAAGUCACCCAAAACCCACUAAGCGUAGGAAGAAGGGGAAAACCCAAAAAAGUGCUGUAACUGUACCAGCUCUUAAAGAGCUUGUUCGCCCAAAGAGACUGACACUCCUGCAAAAGCUGUUGCAAGGUGAAAUUUUGCAUGAACGUAAUAUUAUUCUCCAGUGUGUGCAUUUUAUUGUUCAGCAGAAUUUCUUCGGUAUGAAUCAAGGAACAGUUUGAGUGGUAACAGCAGAAGCAGAUGCAGUAACUAAAACAAUGAGGGAAAUAUCCAUGGAAAAGUAUUGAAUUUUUUACAUACUUGAUUUAAGUACCUCAAUCUUGUAUAUGAUCUGUG